GUCCUGAGAGCUGUCCCGGUGUGAGAGGAGGAUGAGGAGCUGGAAUAGUGCUUAGACUUCACUGGUCUGAUGACAUGGGGAGACGAAACAAUUUAUACAGAGGAAAAAACAAGUUUAAGGAGAUCUGCCAAAUUCUAACAAAGAUCAGAAUUAAAGCUUUAACUAAAGUGGUUAAUUACUUUUACAAUAAAAACACUCUUCAUUUAAACGAAGUCUUCUAAGAUACACAUGAUAAUAAGUCCAUGCAAAGACGCUCAACAUUAUUAGUAAUUAGGACAAUGUAAAUCAAAGUCGCAGUAAGAGCUCUUUCCAUGCCGACAGCGCUCUCACAAGCAUGGUGAACGUUCCUGAAACCCGCCAGCCUUUCUGUAAGAAGUGUGGCAGGCACCGACCCCACGAGGUGACACAGUACAAGAAGGGCAAGGAUUCUCUGUACGCCCAGGGAAAGCGGCGGCACGACAGGAAGCACAGUGGCUGUGGAGGGCAGACUAAGCCGAUUUUCCGGAAAAAGGCUGAAACCGCAAAGAAGAUUGUGCUGAGGCCUGAAUGUGUGGAGCCGAACUGCAGCUCCACGAGAAUGCUGGCUAGUAAGAGAUGCAAAGCAUUUUGA